AUGGCUUCCGCAAGAAACAGUUAUUCAGCCUCGGCUGGCCUGUCUUCCGCCGACGGUCCGCUCGAAGAUCCCGCUGCUAUCAUCGAGGGCCUUUCGGACGAGUUAAGCAUUCAACAGGCUGUGCUGGCCUCUCUUUUUGAUCUCCCCGAAUCGAGUGACGUCAAGAAGGAGAUCGUGGCUGUCAGGACCAAGAUUGCGAAUAUCGCACGCCAGCUCGCUGAAGCUAAGGGCGAAGAUCAACACCGCAGCCAGGGUGCGUCAACACCUUCUAGCAAUACGCUAUCGAUACCCUCAGACUUGGGGGAGGGUUCUGGGUCAGGCUCGGGCAUCCCAACGCGAAAGCGUUCUUUCGGAAGCUCACAUCUUGAUGGUUCAUUGAAUCGAAGCGUCGCCAAAUCGCGGCGGACUACUCCGAGCCCGGGCCCUAGAGCCUUCAGUUCUGACUUUGGAGCAUUUGCCGAAGACGACUCGUCUCAGGUUAUUGACCUGACCGGCGACGAUGACAGCAUAUGGCGAUCGACGAUACAGCGACAAAAAGAGGCAGAAGAACGUUUGGGUCGAAGGAAGGCAGAGGAGGACAGAGAUGCUGCAUUGGCGAGGCAAUACGACGGGCGCCCCUCACAAUCCCCGAACGGACCAGUCUUCGCAGCUCCAUCCCGCUUGGGUCAAAACAAUGCUUUUAACCGCAUCCUAGGCAGGUCCUCUCACGCCUCUCCGUGGGCAACGGGUCAUGCCGACCGCAUCAAACAGGAGCCGGGCCCAUCACUGGCGGCAAGACCCCAUACCUCGAUGAAUUCGGGCAGCCAUCAACCUGGGUCGCGUCUAGUAAAACCUGAGCCGGCGGAGCAUGGAUUCCGAGUCCCUGGGGCAUACGUCGACUCAGAGGAGGAGAGCGAUUCUUUUACACGGAACUCACUAGUCGCUCCUCCUCGGCCAUCCCUGCCUUCGCUGCCCUCGCCCUUCUCUCCGUACAACGCAGCGGGCAGCUUGCCUACACUACCAUCGAUGUCACAGGCCAUGUCGUUCGGUGUCCCUGCCAUUGAAUUGGCCCGGCAAAACUCGAUUGCGCGGCAAGAAGGUACGCCUUGGCCGCCGGUCGGUCCGAUCAGCCGCCUGUUACAUACAAAUGGCAGACUCCCGGAGGGUCCCCCCAACGGGCACCCCUUGGUCCUACCAUCUCUCAAUGCUAAUCGGCCAGGUUUUUUGAGCAACGGCGCCUACCACACCCCACCGGGGUCGUCCUUGUUUGGCGGUCCUAGUCUUGCGGACACUAUCGGCCGUGUCGGCGGCUUCAACUUCGACAGCAUGACCGAUGCGAACGGAAAUCCGUUGAACGAGCGCCUCACAAAUUUCCUCGACGAUUAUGUGAACGACCCUAGGAAAACCGAGGAAGACAUACAGAAUCUUCUCUCGAACAUCCGUCCGGAUAUGGAUCUCCCCGAGGAGGAACGUGGCGAAACUCCCGAAGCCAUGAAAUACCCUCUCUAUCCGCACCAACAGCUGGCUCUGAAGUGGAUGACAGAUAUGGAAGAGGGAACGAAUAGAGGCGGCAUCUUAGCAGAUGACAUGGGCCUUGGCAAGACCAUUUCGACCCUCGCCUUGAUGGUCUCCCGGCCCUCCUCUGAAAACAUCAAGACCAACUUGAUCAUCGGCCCUGUCGCUCUCAUCAAGCAAUGGGAACUCGAGGUGAAGAAGAAAGUGAAAGGGGCUCAUAAGUUGAGCGUCUUCCUUCUCCAUUCCAAGAAGCGACCCUACUCCGAGCUCAAGAGCCACUUCUACCGCAUCAUUUUAGACGAGGCUCAAUGCAUCAAGAACAAGGACACCCAAGGGUCCAGAGCCGUGCACAGCAUUAAAGCCACCUACAGAUGGUGCCUUACUGGCACCCCAAUGAUGAACGGCGUGUCGGAACUGUACCCUCUCAUCCGGUUUCUCCGGAUUAGGCCGUAUUGUGAUUUCAAGACCUUCCAAAGGACUUUCAGAGGACUCACCGCGAAGAGCAACGUCACGGAAAUUACGCGCGAUAACGCGAUGCGGCAACUCCAGGCUGUGUUGAAGGCAAUGAUGCUGCGGCGAAUGAAAGACUCGAUGAUUGACGGCAAGCCCAUUCUGACACUGCCGCCAAAGACGGAAAAUUUGGAACACGUUGUCUUCUCUGAGGACGAGCGCCAGUUCUACCGGGAUCUCGAGUCAAAGUCUCAGGUUCAAUUCAACAAAUUUCUCCGUGCGGGAACUGUUGGCAAGAACUACUCCAACAUUCUUGUUCUUCUCCUACGCCUCCGUCAGGCUUGUUGUCAUCCUCACCUGACGGAUUUCGAGGUCACUGGUGCCGCCAUUUCGGAUGUCGAUAUGGUAGCUCUAGCCCGGGAAUUAGAUACCUCAGUGAUUGAGCGCAUCAAGGCCAUUGAGGCGUUUGAAUGCCCUAUCUGUUAUGAUGGUGUCCCUGAUCCGCUCCUCGCCGUUCCGUGCGGCCACGAUACUUGUACCGAGUGUUUUACCUCGCUUACGGAGAACACGGCGCAGGACAACAUCAGGCUAGGCGACGAGAACCGGGCAGCCAAAUGCCCCGUCUGUCGUGGACCGGUUGAUCCGAAGAAGGUCAUCACCCUUACCGCCUUCCGGAAGGUGCAUGCGCCCGAAGCUCUUCCACCAGGUGAUGCUGCCGCUGACAAGCUUCCCGCCAUUUCGGACUCGGAUUCGGACUCUGACUCGGAUUCGGAUGGCUUUAUAUCCGGCAGCGAAGAUGAGCCCGACGUGGACCCGUUUGGGAACCUUGCAGGUUUCGUUGUUCCGGAUAGCGAGGGUGAUGAUGCCAACAACGAGAACGUUGACACAGACAAUGAAUUGGACGCUGUGGCCAAGUCUUUGAAGACAAAACGGGCCGGACAGGCCGAGGGAGCGAAGGAUUCCAAAGCGGCCAAAAAGCUGACCAAAAACAAGAAAAAGAGCAAGAGGGAGGGCAAGACUAAGGCCGAAGAGAUCAAGCCCCACAUGCUCAAACAGCUUCGCAACGACGCGGAUAGGAACAAGGAGGCCCGCCGUCGGUACAUGCGUUACCUUCGUGAUAACUGGGAGGACUCGGCCAAAGUCACACGGGUCAUCGACCUCCUCAAGGAGAUCCAGGAGACGGGCGAAAAGACCAUUAUCUUCUCCCAAUGGACCACCCUUCUCGACAUGAUCGAGUGUCAGAUCAAGGACAAGCUCAACCUCCGCUACUGCCGCUACACAGGCAAGAUGUCGCGCAACCAGCGCGACGAGGCUGUCCAGGACUUUAUCGAGAACCCGCGCAACACCGUCAUGCUCGUCUCGCUGCGCGCUGGCAACGCCGGCCUGAACCUGACCGUCGCCAGCCGCAUCAUCAUCUGCGAUCCGUUCUGGAACCCGUUUAUCGAGGCACAGGCCGUCGACCGCGCCCACCGCAUCGGCCAACAGCGCGAGGUCAAGGUGCAUCGCAUCCUCGUCAAGGAGACGGUCGAAGACCGCAUCCUGGCCCUGCAGAAUAACAAGCGGAAGCUGGUGGAGGCUGCUCUGGACGAGGGCCAGAGCAAGAAUGUAGGUAGGUUGAGUGAGCGCGAGUUGGCGUACUUGUUUGGUGUCGGCCCCGCCAGGCGGUGA